UUUACUGUAAGUUUUAUGUAUUUUCAGUGUAUUUUCAGACUGAAUCACGACACACGUCAGCUUCAGGAGCUUCAUGUGUGUAUUUAUAACUGAUGUAGAAUCUAAUAAGCAAUGAUAAAGCAGAAAUGACAUGAUCUGAUGUUCUGGAUCUGGUCAGAUGUUCAGCGUCUGCAUCAUUUAUUGAGACUGAUUUCUGUUUUUCCCUCAGAAAUGGAGAGAAUCACAUUGAUGUCUGUUCUGCUCACAGUCGUGCUCAGUUCGUCUCCGCGUCAGUAUCACUUUGUGAAUCAGAACAUGAACUGGACUGAAGCUCAGAGAUACUGCAGAGAGAAAUACACAGAUCUGGUCACUAUCAAUAACAUGAAUGAACUGAAUGACACAAAACAGCUCCUACAGAGAGAGAAGAUCAGUGCUGACCGUGUCUGGAUUGGGCUGCAGGACACAUGGAUUUGGUCUCUGAAUAACUCUGACUUCUACAGAGGAAAAGAGUCUCAGUUUAGGAAGUGGGAACCAACACAACCAAAUGGAGAUGGAGACUGUGUUUAUAUGGACAAUGAUGGACAAUGGAAUGAUGACCAAUGUGCUACAACAAGACAUUUCACCAUCAAUGAUAGCAGCAGUAAACGAUUCGUCCCUGUACAGGAGAAGAACUGGACUGAUGCUCAGAAACACUGCAGACAGUAUCACACAGAUCUGGUCAGUGUGAGGAAUGAGAGUGAGAAUAAUCAGAUCCAGAACAUCAUAAACCAGCACCUUACUUCACCUAAUCAAGCCUGGAUCGGUCUGUACAGAUUCUGGGUUUGGUCAGAUAACAGCAACUUCAUAUUUAAACACUGGAAAACUAAUGAACCCAAUACGAAAGAUGGCAGAAACAGCAUCUGUGUAUCAACUGGUAUCAGUGAUGAAGGACGAUGGACAGACGAGCUCUGUUCAGAUCAGCAUCUCUUUGUGUGUUAUGAUGAUAAACUGGUUCUGAUCCGAGAGAAUAAGACGUGGACUGAAGCUCUGAGAUACUGCAGAGAUAGGGACAUGGACCUGGUGUCGGUGGAUUCGGAGCAGAUGCAGCAGCGCGUGAUGGAUGUGACCUCGAGCGCUCUCUCCGAUCACGUGUGGCUGGGUCUGCGUCACUCCUGCACAGUGGGGAUCUGGUUCUGGGUCAACGGUCAGACCGUGUGCUACAAUCAGUGGGCUUCUGAUUACGACACUGAACUGAACGACUGCGAUAAGACGGUGAGAUCUGGAGUCAUUCGAAAAAGCGAUAAUCACUGGAUCAGCCGUCCUGAAACUGAAGAAAACAACUUCAUCUGCAUCCAGUGAGUGCUGGAGAGUCACUGAUUACAUGUGAUCCAGAUUACAAAUAUUCAGUACUUGUAAUUAGAUUACACUACAUUUUAAAAUGCCUAUAAUUAGAGGACCGUUACUUUCUUAUGGAUUACAUGUUCACACAAUGCCAGUAAAUUAUUUAUUGAAUUAUAAAGU